UGGAAGGUUACCAUUCUCUUGUUUUAAAGCAAGAGGAAUGUUUCCUUUAUGCACUGCAAACUUUUGAUCAAGACUUUUAUCUCUUAAGGGAUCGAAAGAAACUCCUCAGUCUUUAAAGAAGAUCGGAAGAAACACUUCAACACUAGAUAAAGGAUGGGCAAGCAACCCAGAUUAUGUCUUGAGCAACAUUCACAAGUUAACUGAAGUUGAGGUGAUGCAACUACUUGAGAAAAUGGUGACCCUUCCUCAUAAGAGAUUGGAGAAGAUCCUGAUGGCCCAGAAAGAGGAAGACCCAGUGUUUAUUAGCAACCUGAUCGAAAGACUACCCCAAUUUUUAACAGCAACCCUUGUAAAGAUUACUAAUGUUUGAGGAGGGCAUUAUGGGUCAAUCAGAAGGAGCAAAAUUUGGGAUCAUCUAGAGUUUGAAUUUAUGAAGAGAUCAACAAGACUUAACGAUCAGCAGCUUGUAGACAUCCUUUUCUCAUUCUCUCGCUUAGAAAAAGGAUCUAAAGAGUUUUAUGAUGAAAUGGAGUUGAUCAUUAUCAAAUCAGAGACAGAGUUUAGAGAAAAUGAAUUAUUUAAGUUUUUGAAUUCAUUCUCUCAAGCUAAGCAGGGAUCACCGGAGCUUUAUAAAUAUCUUUCUGAGAAACUUAUGAUUCACAAGAAUUCGUUAUCCAUUACUAGAAUGGCAGAAAUCUGCGCAGAAUUUUCUAUAGCUCCUAAUGCUAAACUAGCAGGCUCUGGAUUUAAUGACUUCAUUGAGAAAGAAAUCAGGAAAAGAAUCUCUUUAGGCCAACUUCACUUCUCAGAAGGGGCUAAAAUUUGAGAUAGUUUAUUCAUUAAUGGGAUAGGAAGUGCAGAAUUUCAGGUACAAUUAGAGGAGUACCUUGCUAAUAGAGUUGAGAAUGAGAAAAUUCCUGAACUUUUAAGCUUAGCUCAUGCCCUGUAUAAUCCUAAAUAUCAAAUAAAACACUCUAAACUUCAUCAAGAAUUAUGCACUGUCUUAACUCUCUCCAUGGAAGAAUUGAGUAUCAGGCAGCUGGGUUUCCUAUUUUGGAGUGUCACAAGAGACCAGAAACUAUACAAGAUGAUCAAAUCAGGAGAUUCUUACUCUAAAAUGCUAAUUAAGGCUCUCUUGAAUACCAUAUUUAGAAAAUGUGUCAGUUUUAAUUCAAGAGGUAUCAAGAAUAUCAUCAAUAGUCUCCAAGAUGCUUUCCCUGAUUUGGAAAUUAUUGAUGAGCUAAAUGCUGAGUUCACCAAAGAGGAGAUGUAUGACAAGCUUGAGAAGGUCAUUCUUACCAAGCUACAUGAUUUCACUAACCAAGACAUUCUCACCAUCCUUGAAUCCUUCUUCAAAGUUGGAGCUGGCUCUGAAGCUUUGUAUGAGAAAAUAUUAUCUCGACUGAUAGAUAGGCGCAGAGAGCUGAAGCCAAGGGAAUUCAUCAAGUUGUUCGAAGUCUUGCCUCAAGUUGGUCCUAUCUAUGAGAGCACCAUGAAUGAAGAGCUAUGGGAAGACUACCUUGAAUCUGUCAGAAAGCCUAUUAUGAAGAAAACAUUGAACAUAACUGAAAUCCUCAGUGUCUUUAAGACUUAUGUGAGCGUCAAUUAUAUGAAAGGUGGCUCUGAGAUUUUUUAUAUGAUGCUAAACCAGAUUAGAAAUGGAAUUAAUCAAGUCCCCGCCGAAAAGUUCACAGAGACAAUGACUUAUCUUGUAGAAGCUCAUGUGAUGGACAUAGCAGAAAAAUUUGUACCUAUUUUGAAACAAGUUCGUGAUUCUAAUCAGUUGCUAGAUAUUUUCAGAACUGAUGAUGAUAGAAUAAGGCUUUUAUGGGCUCUUUUUGUUCUUGACAAAACAGAAAAACUUGUCUCUGUUGAAAAUAUCAAGGAGAUGGUAAAUGGAGUGCAACUCCAAGAGUUGGAUGCUUUUCAUCUGAAAAUAUUCUUACAAGUUUUACAACUGACACUGUUUAAUGAAGGUUACUCAAAUGUGAUUGAUUACAAUGAUUAUUAUGAGCAGCUGAACAACCUUGAUGAUGGUUACAAAGAAUAUAUUCUUACCAAUGACUUAUAGCUUCCAAAACGAAAAACGAUAUUAGACUUAAAGCAAAGUCUAAGUUAGAAGAAAUAAUAGAAAAUCCAACUCCUGAAGGUCAGAAGAAAGACCCAAAUAUCACCUAUGAAAUUUACAACAACUUCAUUGACGAUUUCCUGAACUGAAUUGAUGUAGUAGCUUUCAAGCUUGAUGCUAAAAAGGAUCUUCUUCAAAAGAUAGCUAUCGUUAUCAACAACCAAGGAAAAUACCUGGCAUACUCUUUAGAGGAUGACGAUGACCCAAAGCUCAAGAUGAGCGAGUACAUCAAGAUCAAGAUAAUGGGGGAGAUCUACCAAUGGGAUGUCAUUAAUGUUGAUGAUGACAAACUCGAUCUCAUCGAUUCCAGUCUGAAAGGCAUAUUGUAAUUAAUUCCAGCCACGAUU